AUGAGGUUUGCACUGUUUUCUAUUCUCUGCCUUGGUUUCGCCUAUUUUUCCUACACAGAUGCUUAUCUAUUCGACCCCAAAGCAGUUGAUGCACUACUACGAGAAAUUCGCGCAAGAUUACAAGCGACUGGAGAUGACCCUCACGCAAAAAAGAUUGAACAGGAGACAGAAGAAAUCAAAAAAGAAGAGCUCAUGCAAGCAGAAGGAGAUGUUGAAGGUUCUGGAUCAGGAGAAGAAAUUGAAGGAUCCGGAGAAGUUGUGAGUAAUGUGACUGGAGUACCUAUCAUGGAAGAAGAAGGAAAAGUUGACAAGAAGGAGAAGGAAGCGUUCCCAAGACCAGAACCAAUUUUUGAUAAAUAUGGAAAUCUGAAAAGCAAGGACCAAUUAGAGUCAUUGACUUAUUCUAAUUUCAAAAAACAGGCACCAAUCACAUUGCAAGACCAUUACAACAAGAAUCCAACUGGAACAUUACAAAUGCUCCAAGGACUUGAUAUUCAUGGAGCGUCCGGUGGGUACCACAGAGCAUUAUCCGGAGGAUAUCUCCCUCCAGCAACUUACGAUCCUUACAAUGUUAACUGGCACAGUUAUGGAGAUGAGGGUGUUAAAAUGAAGGACAAAGCGAUCUCAGUUUUUAGACGGGUUAUUGCACCAGGAGUGUAG